CACUGCUGGACAUCGCCAAAACCCCAGCCAGCCGGCCAACCGUCCCCAGGAAGCAAAUCAAAUGGAGAUCGAAAUAGAGCCCGACUCCCCUGCUCCCAUGCCGCCCUCCGGCGACAUCGCGGUCGCCGACGGGACCGCGACUCUCUCUCCGCCACCGUCGCGGCCACAGGGCCCCGCGUCGCCGUCACCGUCCCUCUCUCCUCGGGAUGACGUGCCCCCCCUCUCCCCUCCCCGCAACAGCCCCACCCGGCGCCGCCGCUCUAAGCCUCUUCGCGCCGCGGUCGUCGACCAAGGCGCGGGUGCCGUCGGGUCUCCGCGAAGGAAGCGCCGCGGGGCGGGGGAGCCGCGCGCGGCCGCGUCGCCCGGGAAGAACGUGAGGCGGGCGCGGCGGCGGCUGGACAACGAUGGCGGGAGGGAGUUGACGGCGAACGAGGCCGCCGAUGAGGAAGCGGCGGGUAAGACCCAGAGAAGAAAGACCGCAGCGCAGCCUCUGGCAGCCGUGAAGGAGAAGAAGGGUUCCAGCUUGGCUUUGGUGCCUUACCCUCCCAUCAAUCCAACCCGAGGUGCAGAGAAUGUAGAACAGUUUGAUUGGGAAGGUCUUUGGGAAAGGGUUGUUGACUUGGUGAUGUGGAAGAAUGUUGGGAGAUCAGCAUUUUGGUUCGGCUCUGGGUCCAUGCUUUUCGUCUCUUCUUCCUUUUCAAGAGACGUCAAUUUCAGUCCAAUCAAGAUACUUUGCCAUUUUGGUGUUGUGACGUUGGUCUUAGCUUUCUUCAAAGAUUCCAUUCCUCAGAGGCAGAACACUGAACAAGUAAGGAGUUUCCAGUUGACUGAGGAAGAUGUGCUCCGGGUUGGCCGAGCUGUCCUGCCAAUUGCUAACUCUCUCAUAUCUAUGUCCCGAGUGAUCUUCUCUGGUGAUCCAUCCAUGACUCUGAAAGUGUUUCCUGUUCUUCUAUUUGGUGCUAAGUAUGGCCAUCUGUUCACAGUAUGGAGGCUUCUAGCAACAGGAUUCUUUGGUUGUUUUACACUCCCAAGACUCUAUAGCUGCUAUUCAAGUCAUAUUCAUGAAAAAGUUGAAGGUUUGAAUGCCCGGAUUCUGAAUGCAUGGAAGUCCUGUCCCCGCAAGAAACUUGUUGCAGCUGCUGCAGUGACGACUUUCUGGAACUUGGUUAGUGUGAAGACACGUGUAAUGGCUGCCUUCGUUUCCGCGGUAGCGCUGCGCUACCACUAUCAGUAUGGACGAAGUAGCAGGAAUUCAGAGGGGGUAAUGCGGCGACAGCAGCAGCAAGAAGCAAUGGUUCUCGAAGACUGACAAGCUGUCUCAUGAGCACGGCAGGUGCCGACAUAUGUGAGCAAUUCUGUGGUUUCAAAGCGAAAGCAAAAAAUAAAAAUGCUGCAAAAUUGCAUCCUCAUAUCUCGGUGGCAGGCGCAAUGGCUGUGAUGUAUUGGUAUUGGUACAUCUUGUUGCCAAUAUGGUACUGUUGGGGAAUAUUUCCAAUCAAGCAUGAGAUGAUCUGGUUGCACGCGUGACUGCUUGACACCCAUAUCUGUUGAGGGGUCCUAUACGUUGAUGCUGUGUUCAUUUCAAGCUCGAUGUGCCUGUGAUGUGUUUUGCUGGUGUGUAAAGCGCCAACUCUUUUUGUGCUUUGAGAAUCUCGUCUGAACGACGGGGUGAAUAUGCCCUGUCUAAAUGGGCCAGGUGAGACAUCUGUGAGAAACGCCUUCAUUUGCAGGAAACUUUCAUGGCCCGUCA